CUAGUCCCAGCGAUUCGCGAAACUGGGAGGUGAGGAUACAUCCCACUUAUUCCGCCUGAUUGGAGCUUCCCGGGACCCGAGGAUGUAUGAAUGCCGCAGAUAUCGGUGAUGUGGGCAGACGAAGUUGACAAUCGUGGAGGUUGGGCGACGUUUGGGCGCAGCCAGGUGAGAGUGCGAGUAUCCGCAAAGUUGAAGGUUGAGUGGAACCCCCCCAGCCACUGGAAUUGUCGACACCCGACGGGGCCCACGGGGGCACCUGAAGGCGCGAGAAGAUGGGCGCUGCCCCGCCGAGCUGGGCGACACCACAGCAGCGCUGCACGUAAUUAAAUGUGGUGCGAUUUAAGUGGACGUUCUCUCUGUGUCUGUUUCCCAGCCACUUUGAAUCUUUACGAAAGUCAAGUUGUCAAACCCUGAAAUGUCCGAGAGCCCAAAUUCUUUCUCUCGCUCGGGUACAUUGUCUGUUCCUCCUUUUUUUGCUUUUGAGUUCGGAUAGUAUCAUCCUUUCCCCUUCUCCCGUUAGCUUCCGCGCCUGGCGAGAUCUUGCAACCGCGCUUCUUUUUCUUCUGUGUGUUGGCAUCGUCUGAGUUGAGACACAGACACCAUACACAGACAUCCAGAGAGAGACAAGACAGCCCCUCAAUCCAACGGUUCUCAACGGUCACUGCCGACCUAUCUUACCUAGUUCAUCUUGAACUGUCUUUUCAGAUCAAUCUCACUUCACGUCAAACCUGUCAAAACACUAAGAACCAAACGUCAACUCUAUCCGCACCUCGCCAACCUCACCACCACCAAACUCUACAACCAUUCCGCCCCAACACAACCACCACCUCGCCGCCGCCGCAAGAGACGUCGACCCCGUCUCGUUUGCCAUCAUGGCCAUGGGACUCCAGCAGCAGCAACACACCCAGGGCUCGCCGCCCAUCCACUUCCCCGGUGACUUUGUCGAGUACGGCCAGCAGUACGACAACAACAGCGGCCACCACAGCGAUCCGUCCAGUUCUCAACAGCGUCAAUCCCGCGGUGAGGGCGGCAGGAACGGUCGGUAUCGAAGACCGCGUUCCCCUUCCCUCGACGACGAUUCACGCUUCACUACCGGGCCCAGCGGCGGUGAGGAUCCGCGGGCCAGCUCUGACGCUGCGCUGCAUGAUGCCGUGCUCGCGCAGGCGCCCCUUCAACAGCGCGUAAUCCCAACAAACGGCCGCAACGGAGGCCAACCCCGCGCCGCAGGCCCUCGCGCACCCCCAGCCGCCGCAAACGCAUCCCAGAACCGCCGCUCCCAGCCCCCGCCCGUCAACUCCCAGCUGCCGCCCUACAUGGGCGAGAACCCCGACGAAUGGAGCCCGUCCAAGGACGCAGCAGGAGCAGGCGGCUACUCCCGCCGCCGCACAGAGCGCCACGCCCGCCGGCAAUCCUCCACCGGCAGCCGCGCCCCGGGAGCCCCGGACCCGCCCCAGAUGAGCGGCGGCGCGUCCCCGCGCGGCCCGCCCGAAAGCCAGCACUCUCCCAGAGAUAGACUCCCCUCUCAGCAACUACAGCAGCAACAGAGAGAGCACAUCCCCAACCCGGCAGGCGGUCUCCGCCCUCCCUCCCCGCCGGCCGUGAACGAGAGCACCCUCAGCGACAUCAGCCGCGUCAACAGCCCCAGCAUCUCCAAAUCCGUCCUCGAGCCUCUCCAGCGCAAGAUGCUCGAGUACCACCGCCUCAUGGACGAAGCCCAGGGCCAGAUGGCGCAGUACGACGAGGAGCUCCGUCUCCUGCAGGAGCGCCGGCGUCUAGCCGAGCAGAGAUUCGUCGAUGCAAAGACGAAGCAUGACGAGUACGAGAGGCAGCACCUCGAUGUCGAGCGUGCGCUGCGUGGCGAUUAUGCGCCGCCUCAGCAGGUGCAGCAGCAGCAGCAACAGAUGAUGCAGCAGCAGCAGAAACAGUCCGCCCAGGACGGUGCCGAGACCGGCGUCGAGUAUUAUGAGCUAUGA